UAUAUAAAAACGGAAUGCAGCAUAAUGGGAGUAAUCAGUAGCCUUCGAGACUCUUGCGAGAUGAGAGUUCUGGUUCUAUCCGCCUUCUUCGCCUGCGCGGCAGCUGCGCCAUCUGGUGCUUUAUUUGGCACACUUACACCCCUCACCGUGCCCAUCAUUGCAAACAUCCCAACUAUAUCACCUGGAGACAUCCAAGCAGCCGCUAUUGAUGCUAAAGUCAAAGUUGAAGAUGCUAUCAGAGCAGUUGCGGACAGAAACCGGGAACUCUUCGAUCAAGCCAUCGAAAAUCAAAACGAGAAAGUAAUCGAAGUCAAUGAUUUGCUAAAAGAAAAAAGCCAGGAAGCUUUCUGGUCUGCUGAGGACACGAAAUGGCAAGCACUGACAGCACUACAGACAGCUGAGGCUAAAAUUGAUGGGACUGUGGCCAGUAAUGCCGAUUUGCUCGGCAAAGCCGUUCUGAAUGGCGUCGUAGUUUCUCCAGUAGUCAGCCGAAUCUAUAGCAAUGUAAUUCCAGAUGUUGCGACAGCAGACUGUCAAACACCAUUAUUAAAAGCCGCUGAGAAUCCCGAGGCUACCAAAAAUGAGGGCGACAAGGAUUCAGUACAAGUAGAAUCAGCAGUGUCAGAUUCAGAAUCUGAAAAGGCAGCAGCUGGUUUUGUUCGCAACUUGGAAGCACAGGCUGCUGCACAAGCUCAGUCUAUUCCUGAAGCAUCGGUAGGUGCUGCACCUGCUUCGGACGUAGCAGGUCUACGGCUGUCGGAAGCUCCAGCUGCGGUUGCCCCAAUUCCCGAAGCAACAGCUGCGCUACCCGAAGCACCUGUAGCGAUUUCUGAACCAGUGGCGCCUGCUGUGCCUCUUCCUAAAGCGCCAGCUAUUGCUACACCUCUUUCCAUUGCACAGGCUUUAUUACCAUCUCCAUCUUUAGCUGUCGCACCUUUACCAGCUGCAGCUAUUGCCACAGCACCUGUAGCAACUGCGUCUCUAUUGUCAUCUCCUCUGACCAUACCAGGAUUGAAACUAGAACAACAAUGGCUCACAGGUCCAGUAUUUGUGCAGCCAGGACUUAAAGCAAUCUCUCCAGUCUCGCUGCAAAGUCCUUUAGUCCCAACACUAAUUAAGACUCCCUGUUAAUUGUAUACUUUUGUAGGAUCUUUUGUUUCAGUUGAUACAUUAAUAUGACGCAAUGUUCUAGUUGUAAAACUUUUAAAAAGCAAUUGUGAAAUUUCUAAUCUGGCGGAUAAUAGAUUAAAUUUCAAUUUAAACACAA